AUGGAGAAGCAUGGGCCGGAAAGCUAUUCACAAGAAGAUGACUUUCCAACCAGUAAUAGUAUCCCAGAUUCUCUUUCAUUGGAGAGGUCUUGCACCCCACCUGGAUCAAUGGAACUUCAGCAUCAGAAGAAUAAUGCGGAAGACAGAUCCUCUCAGGUUAUGGGGUCAUCAUCAACACAAGUGUAUCAGAAGAAUCUGCAUGACAUGCCAAAUCAUGCCGCAGCAGCAAUUAUGCAACAUUACAGUCAUCUUCCAAACUGCCCUCCCAAUGUUAAUGGGAUGACUCCAUUCUCCUAUUAUCCGCUUAGUAUAUGCUUAUACCAUGGUCAAAUGCCUAACAAUCAUUCAUGGCCAUCCUUUGGAAACUCAUCCUCCAGCGAAGUGAAAUUAAAUAAGGUUGACAGAAGAGAGGCAGCAUUGAUUAAAUUUAGGCAGAAAAGAAAGGAGCGUUGCUUUGAUAAAAAGAUCAGGUAUGUUAAUCAAAAAAGACUUGCCAAAAGGAGGCCUCGUGUACGGGGACAAUUUGUGAGGAAGGUAAAUGGUGUAGAUGUUGAUCUCAAUGAGCAACAUGCUUCUCUUGAUGAUGACGAGGAUGAUGAGGAUGAGAAGGAUGAUGAGGAGCUUGCGUGA